AUGGAAGUCCGCUGCAAACUGUUUAUGGGGACACUCAAAAAGGCGACGCUCGAUUGGUUCAGUGGUCUCCCCGACCGAUCCAUCACCGACUUCGAUGUUUUCAAUCGGCUCUUCAUGGCCCAAUUUGCCGCCAAUAAGAAGAACCCGCCGAUCACGUCAGACUUGUUCGAUCUCAAGCAGCAGCGGGAGGAGUCACUGAAAGAUUUUUUGCAAAGGUUCAAUGAGGUUGCCCUGAGGAUAGCAUCUUUGGAUGAGAGGAUGGCUGUCAUCGCGUUCCAGAAGGGCCUAAGGUUCAGGGCCUUCGACAUCGCGCUGGAGAGGGCGAAUUGUCAAACGAUGUCGGAGAUGAGGGCUUUCACCUUGAGUCACAUCAAGACGGAGGAAGGACAUAUUAACAAAAGGGCUGCUGAGAGCCGAGAGGAGGUAGGGCGAAGCAACAAGGAGAGCAGCAAACAUCUUCGACCGCGUUCAGACUGGAAUAAGCGACGUGAUCGGUAUAACGUGAAGGAGGGCAAUUACCGACAGGCUAAUCGUGGAGGUCGUCCUAGGGGCGAAUGGAUACGCACCAACGAUGAGGAGAAGUUCACCCCACUCAACGUCCCUAGGAGGCAGAUACUCCAUGAUGUCAAUAGCGCAACAUUGUUCGAAUUCCCAGCAGUGACGGAGCGCCAAUUGGGUCCCUUCAAGACCGAUUGGUGUGAGUUUCACAAGACUCACGGGCACUCUACGGAAAAUUGCUUCGUCCUUGGAAGACAGAUUGAACGCUUGAUCAAGGAGGGACGCCUGAAAAAGUUCAUGGCAAGGAAACAGGAGGAAGGCUCGUCAGAUAGGCGACACAGGCGUACACAGGACGACACAAGGAGGGAUAGGCAUAGAGAGAGGACUCCCCCCAAGGACACUCCAGCAAGUUCGUCGAAGAUCCAUCAGCAAGCAGUCCAUGGGAGUUUCAAUACAGUGGCGGGAGGAUUUGCAGGAGGAGGAGUCACCUCGGCUGCUCGGAAAAGGUACACGCACUCUGUCUUAUCCGUGUCGGAAAUCCGCCGACCACCUCAUCCUACAAUUUCAUUCUCGGACACCGACUAUGAAGGAGUAGCCCCUCAUGAGGACGACCCCGUCGUCGUAUCGGCGGUUGUCAUGGGGUUGAAGCGUGUGUUGAUUGACCAGGGAAGUUCCGCGGACAUUUUAUUUUGGGAAACCUUUGAGGGGAUGAAAAUACCUAAUAACCGACUAAUUCCUUACGCAGGGACUCUAGUAGGUUUGCAGGAGACCAGGUCAUCGCAAGGGGAUACGCCAAUUUGGAGACGACCUUUGGCCAAGGAGCUCAGAUGA